GUUGAUGAGAGAAUGGAAUUGUUUGAUUGACUGAUUUAGCCAAAUUAAAGUGCCAAUUUUAUGAGAAAACCAAUCGUAAUGAUGGUGAUAGUGAAAAUGUUGAUAAUGGAUAAUCUGGAUAAGUAGGAAGAUUUUAUCAGACGUUAGGUACAAAUUGGAAAUGAGUAGUAUUGGAGUAAUUGAUUAUACGCCAUUAAAGAAGUACCUAAUUCAUGGACAUCCUUAGUAGAGGAGGGAAACGAUUCAAACCAAGAGGGAGAUCAUUAAGAAUUUAAAUAAUAUACAGGAUUUUAUUUAUAAAUUCCCACUAUAAAUAGUAUUUAUUGUAAAUAGAUAUCAAAUAAUGUUUUGGGAGCGAUCAUAAUGGAUUAUACACCCUAUGAAGAAAGGAUAUGGGUUGGAAUUUCUUGUUGUAUAGGAAAUUAGUAUAGAUUCAUGA